GUGCUCUCAGAUUCCCCUCAGUGUGCUGGGACGUCGCCGUUUAAAGGGGCCAUGCCGUUCAAGGUGGUCCUAAACGGACCGGCCCCCUGGGGGUUCCGUCUGGUGGGCGGCAAGGACUUCAACCAGCCACUGACCAUCUCAAGGAUCACGCCCGGCAGCAAGGCAGCGCUGGCCAACCUUUGCCCCGGCGACCUGGUCGUGGCCAUCGAGGGCGCGUCCUCCGCCGACAUGCUGCACUGUGACGCGCAGAACAAAAUCAAAGAGGCCGCCGAUCACCUCACGCUCACUGUGGAAAGAAGCGAGGCUAAACUGUGGUCCCCGCGCUUGACGGAGGACGGCAAAGUCAACCCCUUUAAGAUCAACCUGGAAGCCGAGCCCCAGGACUACAAGCCCAUCGGCGUGGCGCACAACCGGCGAGCUCAGCCGUUCGUGGCGGCGGCCAACAUCGACGACACGCGCCAGGUGGUCAGCACCACCUACAACACCCCCAUUGGACUCUACUCUUCCGGAAACAUCCAGGACGCCAUGGAGGGGCAGAUGAAAGGGCUCGUGCAGCCCAAGCCCAACAGCCCGAGGACCUUGGCUAACAUCGAGGAUUCCGACGUCUACCGCAUGCUGCAGCACGACUACGAGGAACCGGAGCAACCGCGCCAGUCGGGAUCCUUCAAGGCGCUGCAGGAAUAUAUCGAGAGCGACGGGACCAAACCAAUGGUGACCAGGACGGUGAAGGCCCCCACCACCAAGCCCAGCGCACCUGCUGGAAACCUGCAGAAACUUCCCAUCUGCGACAAGUGUGGAAAUGGCGUCGUUGGCACGGUGGUGAAGGCUCGCGACAAGUUCCGCCACCCGACUUGCUUCGUGUGCGCCGACUGCGACGUCAACCUGAAGCAGAAAGGUUACUUCUUCGUGGGGGGGGAGCUGUACUGCGAGGCGCACGCCCGCGCCAGGACCAGACCCCCCGAGAGUCAAGACCUGUAGUGUCGCAUUGCGCCUGGGUCAGCGCUCGGUCACCGUCUUCCUUUCUGUCGCUGACAUCACUUCCGGUUUGCCAUUUUUUUCCCCAUUCCCUGUUUUUGACUCUUCAUCAAACCAAUAAAAAUGACUUCAUCCUGCCCUCAA